AUGCGGACCGUAUGCGCUGCUCGUGGGGUGGUGGCUGGUCCAUCAGCUACCCUCGCCCCGCCCCGAACAGGACCGAGUUUAACAAAUAGUUUCGGCGAACACCAAAGAGGCGGCGAUCUCGAUCGAUCACUAUCAGAGUAUUCGCGAGAGAUUGAAGACUGUUCUGGAGACGAGACAAUAGAGAAGGGAUGGAGGGAGCUUUGUAUCAUCAGAUCUCUAGAAUCUCUUAAGAGGGUCAAGGGUCGGUUAAAUCGUCAGCCGGCUCUGAGCGGUUGUUUGUUAAAGGCUGCUCCACCAGUACUAGCAACCUCAAAUAAAUCACCUAUACUCUGA